GUCCUUGACGCACAAAUAUCACGCAAAUGACACGGUCGGUGUAGUGGCUUUCAUUUCGCACAGAUUCGCAUGGUGGUAAACAUGAGUUUUCAGCUAAAAAGCGUGUUCAUAAGCGACGAUGUAGACCCACGAUGUGUAGAAGUUCUUAAAGAAUAUGGUAUAGGUGUUGUCAUCGAUACCAAACUGCAUCUGGAUAAGGAAAAGUUUCUGCAAGAAAUUUCUAAACAUGAUGGUCUUAUUGUGCGGUCGGCAACGAAGGUCACAGCAGCAAUCAUCGAGGCAGGAAAAAAUCUGAAGAUCAUUGGUCGGGCUGGGACAGGAGUGGACAACAUCGACUGUGAUGCUGCCACGGCCAGGGGGAUUAUUGUUAUGAACACCCCUGGAGGAAAUACGCUGAGUGCAGCUGAACACACGUGUGCCCUUAUUUGUUGUCUGUCAAGAGAUAUUCCCAAUGCGGUGGCAACCAUGCGUGCGGGAAAAUGGGAUCGAAAGAAUUUCAUGGGAUCAGAACUAUAUGGAAAAACGUUAGGAAUAAUAGGCCUGGGAAGAAUUGGGAAGGAAGUGGCACUAAGGAUGCAGUCCUUCGGAAUGACGACUAUUGGCUAUGACCCAAUUAUUCCUGGCACUGUGAGUGCAGAGUUUGGCGUAGAGUGGAUGGAAUUAGAACACCUGUGGCCCAGGGUUGACUACAUCACUGUGCACACGCCCUUGAUACCACAAACCACAAACCUGAUCAACGAUGCUGUGUUUGCCAAGUGCAAGGCAAGGGUGCGGGUCGUGAACUGUGCCCGGGGCGGGAUCAUAGACGAAGACGCGCUGUUGAAGGCCCUGGAGUCAGGGCAGUGUGGAGGGGCCGGGCUAGAUGUGUAUAUCAAUGAGCCGCCCACGGACUACAAGCUUGCCCAGCACCCGAAGGUGAUUGCGACCCCUCAUCUAGGGGCCAGCACUGUGGAGGCCCAGAAACGUGUUGCUGUAGAGAUUGCUGAGCAGUUUGUCGACCUAAUGAAAGGGAAAUCAUUGUUUGGGGCGAUCAACGCCCAGGCGAUGAACAACGCCCUCAGCCCAGACACCAGGCCCUGGGUGGAGCUGGGGCGCUGCCUUGGCACACUGCUUGGGAAACUGGGGGUCAACCCCAAACAUGGAGUAAGCUUGCUUGCCUAUGGUCAGGUCUUGAAGAAUGCAGGUCAGUAUCUCAGUGCAGCUGUACUUGCCGGUCUCCUAGGUAACAGCACACACUGUGGUUGUGAGGGCCUGAACUUGAAUCUCGUUAGUGCGCCUGCACUCGCCAAGAAACUUGGCAUACAGGUGCAGGUAUCAAUGCACGAUAUUGCCACGAACUUCCAUGGACCUCUUGUCCUGGUUACCAUUGACAACCAGACUGUGGGAGGCACAGCUUCUGGGGGCCAGCCCCUUUUGGAGAGUAUCAAUGGGACCCAGUUCUCUCCCUUGGCGGCCCUUUCAGGGCAGGUAAUUGUGUUCAAGGCAUCUGCUGACCCUGGGCUCCUGGCCACUAUAGCAGGUCUUAUUGCAGGUAAGGGGGCCCAUAUUCAGGGACUGUCGGUAUCUGGCCACAAGGGAGGCACCCAGUGGGGUGUGGUCAAUCUCCAGACAGCUCCAGAGGUGGGACUUCACGGGAUAUCAGCAGCUGUCCAAUCAGCUUUCAGCAUUAGCUUUUAGUGGACACAUAGUCUUAGAUUUCAGAUUGUUAGUAAUAGGUGAAAUGUGAUGCAGUAGUUAAUAUGUUGGUGCUGUAUUCAAAUGCUUAUGAAAUAUUUGUAUGGUUACGCAUUAAACAAGUUUACAGAUUUUUCUGUAGUACAGUUAAUAAUGUUAAUAUGAAGGCCCUGGAGAUGGCAAUUUCUUUUUCUAUGAUUAUACAUUUUAUCACGAUACUGGGUUUUUAUGGCAUUUAAUUCAAUAAAGUUAAAAAUGUAUGUCUGGUAAAUUGGUUUCUAUUUAUAUUAUUAUAACUGUCUGUGAAUGACCUAGUAGGACUGCUAAGCCUUCAAUUACUUAUAAUACUGGUAUGUGAUACUUAACAUCCCAAACAUUUUAUACAGGAAACAAAUUUGGUACAAAAAUGCUCUACAUUAUAGUAUUGUUAUACUUAAGCAAAUUGGUGUAAAUGUCGAUUUUUCACUGCAAAGGUUUUAAAUUUUACAGCUUUUAAAGGUAGAUAGGGAAUAAAUUGAAAAUUAUUUACAAAUGCUAUACAAGCUGGUUCUGUUAUAUUAAAGAACAUGUUUUCAGACCAGUUUAUAAAAAUAUAUGGAAUCUAUGAACCAUUUAACUUUUUAAAAACUAAGUAAUCAAAGAAAAGAGUUAGAACAAUCCAUUUAUUGGUAGUGUUGUAUUCAAGAAAAAAGAUUGUUUUUUCAGUUUAUUGAUAGUUUAAUUAUUUAAACUGUACCAGAUUGUUCAUUCUUAAAUGUGUACCAGUCAAGGAACAACUUUGGUACUAUAUGUUUGUACAAAUGUUUGGCAUAUUUGGUGCAAUGUUUUAUGGAUUUGAAAUGAUGGGUACUGAGGAUGCAUAUGUUUAGUUACAAUGUUUUUAUUUGUAAGAAAUCAAAUGGUUCUAAGUAUUUGAAGAUAUACUUUAUUUUGAUAAUAAAAUACAGAAUAAAGGCAAACUAUGACUCAUAAUGAGAUUUAAUAGGGUCUUGUCUAUUUAAGGAGCAAUGGAAAUAACUCACAUUGGGCAUCUGAACAAGCUUGCAAUUGUUUGCUGAUAGACGUCAUUGUUUCUGUUUCAAUUUGUGAUGAUUCUCCUGAGAUGAUUCAUAUUCUUUGAUGUAUUCGCACUCAAAGAUUUUUGGUGAAACUAUGGGUAGUUCAGAUAAACGUUUAAGUUCAAUUGUAAUAUUAGUUUGCAUGGUUUCACAUUUAUGUUGCCUAGGACUUUGGUUAACCCUUUGCAUGCUGGGAAAUUUGUCGUCUGCUAAAAUGUUGUCUGCUGAAUUUCUAAAAUUAGCAUUUUCUUUGAUUAUUUUUCAAAGAAUACUAUCAGAAUAGCAAACAGUUUGGAGCCUGAUGAGACGCCACGUUCUGUGCGGUCUCAUCUGGAUCCAAACUGUUUGCAAAGGUCUUUAAAAUUUGGUUCCAGCGCUAAAAGGGUUAAAGUAUUUCAGGUGUCCGAUCAGUUAAAAUUAGGGUUCCAAUCAUAAUGUUGUUUUCCUGUUUAAUUCAAAUAUUAGAUAAUGCUACAAUAUUGAGACUGUAUGAACUAAUCGGAAUAUAAUAAAUGAGUAAUAUUCUUAUAAAAAUACAACAGACUUGUGUAUCCAUGAAAUACUUGAUGAUCUACGCAAUAUAUAUUAUUCUAUUAUUAUUGGCAUUAUUUUGUAGCAUCCAAUAGUUUUUAUGUAAAAAUUCCAUAGUAUUAAGAAGCUUGUUAUAUUCUUAAUUACGCCCGUACAAUAUAUAAGUGCUAUACGGCCAGUCAUAUGAAAACAUGCAAUAUUGUUGAGUUUAUAAAUGUAAAUGUUUUAAUUUGUUCUGCUUGCUUUAUUUAUUCCCCCCAGGUUUUAGUAAAAAUACCAACAUUCCAAAAUUCCAUUCAGGGAACAGAAAAGCAUACAUACAGAAUAUGAUAGAAAGGUAUAUAAUGAUUGUUAUUAAUAUUUUUAUAUAUGAAUACAUGGUAAAUGAUUAAAAAGUUUAUUUUUUGGUCUUUGUAAAUUAUACUUAUUAGAAACAAAAUCAGUUUUUAUCCUGAUUUUUUCACAGUAUGUUUGCAUGUAGUUUGCCAAAUGAUGAAUUAAACAUCGGGAUUAUUAUUGAAAUUAUUAAAGACAAUUUAUAGAAUAGUUUAUAUGAUGUUGUUUUUGUUGAAGUAUAUGUAUUUAUGUUAUCAUAAAGCUAUACUUAUUAAAAAUGUAAAUUGAUUGAAGGGUGGAAAACAUUAUUUUAUUUGUUUAAAACAUUUCUUGAACAAAAUGUAAUUAAACUUUUGUUUAUUUUCGUUUAAUUGUUUCAUGUUCUUGAUAAACAUUUACAUAUCGCACAUGACAAUAGACCAAGCAGUGUCCAGGUUGGGGCUCAAACAAUAGAGUUAUCGGCCCUUGUUCUUAAAAAAAAGCAGCAAAUGUGAACCAUCUUCUGUGCAGGCGUUUAUAUAGUUCCUAUCAAUUAAGUUCAGCCAGAUAGGUGUCUGAUGUGGGUCCUUCGUUGAUGAUGACAUUGAGCUGUCAGAACUUUUUAACAGGUCAAAGGUCUAUGUCACAAGGGCUGGUAAAUCGUCAUUCAACGUAGUGCCUAUCAAUUAAGUUCAGCCAGAUAGGUGUCUGAUGUGGGUCAUUUUGUUGAUGAUGACAUUGAGCUGUCAGAACUUUUCAACAGGUCAAAGGUCUAUGUCACAGGGGCUGGUAAAUCGUCAUUUUAUGUACCAUAGAUACCCACAGAAACGUCCUUUUAGGUAUUAAUUGCGAUAAAACACUAGCUGUACAUGACUGUAUGCCGUCUUUCAUUGGACAGAGCAUGGUUCUGGACACUGUAAAUAUGCCCAGCAUUUCAUCAUGAUUUGUAUGGUGUUACUAGAAAUGAUUGUUCAAAGCCCUCUCAUUACACAUUUUAGUGCCUAGGUCUACAUGUGGGAGAAUAUUACCAUAUAAGUUAUUAUUAGUUGUUGAAUGGCAAGGGGAGCGGACGUGUUUUAGGCAUUCAUUUUUGUUCUUGGUGAAAAUUAAAAGUUUUGUCCAACAAG